UCCUUCCAUUGUCAUCCUACCCGGCCGGCCGGGCUGCCAGGGCCCUCCCCCUCCCGGCCCCCUCCCUUCCUCUCGCCGUCUCACAGUCGCUCCGCAGCCUCCGGCGACCGGGGGGAUGUGAGGCCGGCGCCCCAGCCCCCCGCCCCGCCAUGAGCCCCCCGCUCUGAGGGCCCCGGCCCCUGGAUGCACAGCCCCGGCGCUGAUGGGACCCAGGUGAGCCCGGGUGCCCACUGUCUCAGCCCCCCUGGCACAGGCUGCCCCGGACCCCGUGCAGACACACCAGGCCCCCAGCCCCAGCCCAUGGACCUGCGGGUGGGCCAGCGGCCCCCGGUGGAGCCCCCGCCGGAGCCCACGCUGCUGGCCCUGCAGCACCCCCAGCGCCUGCACCACCACCUCUUCCUGGCAGGCCUGCAGCCCCAGCACUCAGUGGAGCCCAUGAGGCUCUCAAUGGACACGCCGAUGCCUGAGCUGCAGGUGGGGCAGCAGGAGCAAGAGCUGCGGCAGCUCCUCAAUAAGGACAAGAGCAAGCGAAGUGCCGUAGCCAGCAGUGUGGUCAAGCAGAAGCUGGCAGAGGUGAUUCUGAAGAAACAGCAGGCAGCCUUAGAGAGAACAGUCCACCCCAAUAGCCCCAGCAUUCCUUACAGAACUCUCGAGCCCUUGGAGACGGAAGGAGCUGCCCGUUCUGUGCUCAGCAGCUUUCUGCCUCCUGUUCCCAGCCUUCCCAGUGACCCCCCAGAACACUUCCCUCUGCGCAAGACAGUCUCUGAGCCCAACCUGAAGCUGCGCUACAAGCCCAAGAAGUCCCUGGAGCGGAGGAAGAACCCGCUGCUCCGGAAGGAGAGCGCCCCGCCCAGCCUCCGCCGUCGGCCGGCAGAGACCCUAGGGGGUGAGGCCCAGCAGGACUCCUCCCCCAGUAGUAGCAGCACGCCAGCCUCAGGGUGCAGCUCCCCCAAUGACAGCGAGCACGGCCCCAACCCGGUCCUGGGCUCUGAGGCGCUCUUGGGCCAGCGGCUGCGGCUGCAGGAGACCUCUCUGGCCCCGUUCGCCUUGCUGCCCACAAUCACGCUGGGGCUGCCCGCCCCUGCCAGGACUGAUGGUGACCGCAGGACCCAUCCUACUAUGGGCCCUCGGGGGCCGGUCCUGGGGAGCCCCCAUGCUCCCCUCUUCUUGCCCCAUGCCUUGGAGUCGGAUGCUGGGGGCCCCCUGCCCUCUCGCCUGCAGCCCAUUCUCCUCCUGGAUCCCUCAGUCUCUCACACCCCUCUACUGACUGUGCCCGGGCUUGGGCCCCUGCCCUUCCACUUUGCCCAGUCCUUACUGACCACCGAGCGGCUCUCUGGGUCAGGCCUCCACCGGCCUCUGAGCCGGACCCGCUCAGAGCCCCUGCCCCCAAGCGCCACCGCCCCUCCACCGCUGGGCCCCCUGCAGCCCCGCCUGGAGCGGCUCAAACCUCACGUCCAGCUGAUCAAGAGGCCAGCCAAGCCGAGUGAGAAGCCCCGACUGCGGCAGAUACCCUCAGCUGAGGACCUCGAGACGGACAGUGGGGCAGUGGGGCCGGUGGGGGAUGACGGCCUGGACCACAGGGAGUCCAGCCAUGGGCAGCAUGAGGCCAGAGGCCCUGUUUCUCUCCAGCAGCACCAGCAGGUGUUCCUCUGGGAGCAGCAGCGACUGGCCGGGCGGCUCCCCCGGGGAGGCACUGGGGACUCUAUGCUGCUUCCCCUGGCCCAGGGCGGUCACCGGCCCCUGUCCAGGGCUCAGUCAUCCCCAGCCGCGCCCGCCUCACUGCCUACCCCGGAGCCCGCCAGCCAGGCCCGUGUCCUGCCCAGCUCAGAGACCCCCACCAGGACCCUGCCCUUCACCACAGGGCUGGUCUAUGACUCGGUCAUGCUGAAGCACCAGUGCUCCUGUGGGGACAACAGCAGGCACCCAGAGCACGCGGGCCGGAUCCAGAGCAUCUGGUCCCGGCUGCUGGAGCGGGGGCUCCGCAGCCAGUGUGAGUCUCUCCGGGGCCGGAAGGCCUCCCUGGAGGAGCUGCAGUCGGUGCACUCCGAGCGGCACGUGCUACUCUAUGGCACCAACCCGCUCAGCCGCCUCAAACUGGACAAUGGGAAGCUGGCAGGGCUCCUGGCUCAGAGGAUGUUCGUGAUGCUGCCCUGUGGCGGGGUUGGGGUGGACACUGACACCAUCUGGAACGAGCUGCACUCCUCCAACGCGGCCCGCUGGGCUGCCGGCAGUGUCACUGACCUCGCCUUCAAAGUGGCCUCCCGCGAGCUAAAGAACGGUUUUGCGGUGGUUCGGCCCCCAGGACACCAUGCAGACCAUUCCACAGCCAUGGGCUUCUGCUUCUUCAACUCAGUGGCCAUUGCCUGCCGGCAGCUGCAACAACACGGCAAGGCCGGGAAGAUCCUCAUCGUGGACUGGGACGUUCACCACGGCAACGGCACCCAGCAGACCUUCUACCAGGACCCCAGUGUGCUCUACAUCUCCCUUCAUCGCCAUGAUGACGGCAACUUCUUCCCGGGCAGUGGGGCUGUGGAUGAGGUGGGAGCUGGCAGCGGUGAGGGCUUCAAUGUCAACGUGGCCUGGGCUGGAGGUCUCGACCCCCCAAUGGGGGAUCCUGAGUACCUGGCUGCCUUCAGGAGAGUCGUGAUGCCCAUCGCCCGAGAGUUCUCUCCGGACCUGGUUCUGGUGUCAGCCGGGUUUGAUGCUGCCGAGGGUCACCCGCCCCCACUGGGUGGCUACCGCGUCUCCGCCAAAUGUUUUGGGUACAUGACGCAGCAGCUGAUGAGCCUGGCGGGAGGGGCGGUGGUGCUGGCCCUGGAGGGUGGCCACGACCUCACAGCCAUCUGUGACGCCUCCGAGGCCUGUGUGGCUGCUCUUCUAGGCAACAAGGUGGAUCCCCUCUCAGAAGAAGGCUGGAAACAGAAACCCAACCUCAACGCCAUCCGCUCUCUGGAAGCUGUCAUCCGGGUGCACAGUGAAUACUGGAGUUGCAUGCAGCGCCUGGCCUCCUGUCCGGACUCCUGGGUGCCCAGGGUGCCAGGGGCCGACACAGAGGAAGUAGAGGCGGUGACCGCACUGGCAUCCCUCUCCGUGGGCAUCCUGGCGGAAGAGCGGACCUCAGAGCAGCUGGUGGAGGAGGAAGAACCUAUGACUCUCUAAGGCUUCAGAGCAGAUCUGCUGCCCGCCCCGCCCACCCUGCCCUUCGGACCUGGUUCUCUUCAAACCUCUGGCAACAGUACCUGUUCCCGGGGUCUUCAGAGAUCCUUUGGGCAGGUAGUCGGGGCCAAAGAACAGCCCCUGAACAGUCACCCCAAGGAGCCUGAGAAGGCCCCUGGGUCUAGGAUAGGGACCAAAGAGGACCCUGGGAGGAUGCAGGCUGGGUAGCCAGCCAGGCCCCAGUAGGGCUCUACCGGAAGCAGAGUCUAUCCCCUGGGGUCCAGGCCCCGGGCUGGGCCCCCGUUCCUCAGGACUGCACAGAUGAGGACUGGCUCAGCCGGGCCCACCCAUAACCACUAUUCUUGGCUCUGUAGACCCCAGACUUUGCACACAGCCCCAGGCUCCACACAGAAAUGUGAACUUGGCCUCAGCCAGAGUGGCCCUUCUGAGGCUCUGGGGGCUGGAAUUGGGGGAGUAAGGGAGAGUAGGAGGAGCCCAGGGGCCCCAUAUCUCUGAGUGCAGGGGGAGGUCCCCUCUCACCUGCUUCCUCAGAUGCCUCUGGAAGCCUCCUCCCCAGCACUGGGCAGUGAGACAAAGCUCCCUCUGAGAGCGGUCAUCGGCAGGCCUCCCAUCUGGUCCCCUGCCCCCUGCCAGAGGCCACUCUGCGUUGACCAUCUCAGUGCCCUGGUGGAGCAGACAGGUGCUCUUGGAGUUCUGUGCUUCCCGAUCCAAUGGUGCCAAACCCUUCAUCUCCCCUCAGAAGCACAGCAUGACCCCCAGGGACCCCCCAGUCACUGCCCCCUCCAUGAGCCUUCUCUGUUUCUGGGGUCUCCCCCACCCCAGCUGACUCCUGCCCUACAUAGGACUAGCCUGACUGAGGGGGAAAGGGGCGGGAGAGUGGAUGUAAGACAUGGGGGAGGGAGGCUGCCCUGGCAAAGUCUUAAAGGCUUCUGGGGUCCAGGCCUGGGGCCAAGAAGGAAAGUAUUGGUGUGUGUGUGUGUGUGUGUGUGUGCGCGCGCGAGUGUGAGGGAGUGUGUGUGCACGCGUGCACGUCUUCCCCAGGACCACCAUACCCUUUGUAGGUAUGCAUGUUUUUGUAAAAAAGGAAAAAGAAAAAAAAAAGGAAAAAAAUCUGAAGAAUAAAUGUUUUAUUUGCUUUAAA